AUGGCGGUGGCUCUGGAUGAAGUGUGGGGUCGGGUGAAGAAUGUCUGCAAGCAGAACGGACUGCUCAUCCUGUCUGUGCUGGCCGUGGUCAUUGGCUGCCUGCUGGGCUUCUUCCUCAGAGGCAAGCAGCUCUCCGAGCAGGAGGUGAAGUACUUCCAGUUUCCCGGAGAGCUCCUAAUGAGGAUGUUGAAAAUGCUAAUUUUGCCCCUUGUCGUAUCCAGCUUGAUGUCAGGUCUGGCAGCCCUCGAUGCCAAGUGCUCCAGCCGACUGGGCAUCAUGACCAUCUCCUACUAUCUCUGGACCACCUUUGUUGCCGUGGUAGUGGGCAUCGUCAUGGUGUACAUCAUCCAUCCAGGUGGAGCUGCUCAGAAGGAGGACUCUGAGGACAGCAAGAAGCCGAUGACCAGCUCUGCUGACGCUCUGCUGGAUCUCAUUCGCAACAUGUUUCCAGCCAACCUCGUUCAAGCUACAUUUCAACAGUAUCGAACCCAGAGAGUCCCAGAACUCAUCCCCAAACCAACAGUGGCUCAGCUCCUGGAUGAGACCACCACGCGUAGAGUCUAUAUCUACGGCAUCCAGGAUGACAACGGCACAGAUGUCCAGAACUUCUCCCUGGACCUCACACCGCCGCCUGACGUCAUCAUGAAGACAUCACCUGGGACCAGCGAAGGCAUGAAUGUGCUGGGAAUUGUUAUUUUCUCUGCAACCAUGGGAAUAAUGUUGGGAAGAAUGGGACCCAAUGGCAGUGCUUUGGUCAACUUCUGCCAAAGUUUGAAUGAGGCAGUUUUGAAGAUUGUUGCCAUUGUCAUCUGGUAUUUCCCCUUUGGUAUUGUGUUCCUGGUUGCCGGAAAAAUCUUGGAGAUGGACGACCCUUCAGCCAUGGGAAAGAAGCUGGGCUUUUAUGCCAUCACAGUGGUAAUGGGCUUGGUGUUGCACGGUCUGUUCAUACUUCCAGCCAUGUACUUCUUCAUCACUAAGAAGAGCCCCAUCGUUUACAUCAGAGGCAUUCUGCAGGCCCUGCUCAUCUCCUUGGCCACCUCGUCCAGCUCUGCCACUCUGCCUAUCACCUUCAAGUGCCUCCUCGAAAACAACCACAUCGAUAGACGCAUCAUCCGCUUUGUGCUGCCUGUCGGGGCCACCAUCAACAUGGACGGCACUGCACUCUACGAGGCCGUGGCAGCCAUCUUCAUCGCCCAAGUGAAUAAUUAUGAGCUUGACUUUGGACAGAUCAUCACAAUCAGCAUCACUGCCACUGCAGCCAGCAUCGGUGCAGCAGGAAUCCCACAGGCUGGACUCGUAACCAUGGUGAUCGUGCUGACCUCCGUGGGUCUGCCCACCGAUGACAUCACUCUCAUCAUCGCCGUUGACUGGGCGUUGGAUCGAUUCAGGACCAUGGUCAAUGUGAUGGGUGACGCCCUGGCCACAGGGAUCAUGGCUCACAUCUGCAGAAAAGAUUUUGUCAAAGAGGGGGAGCAGGUGCCUCUGAUCUGUGAGACUAAACCUAUGAUUAGCAUCCAGCAGAUGAUGACCUACCAAAACCAGAAGAACGGCUGCUACCAGCCACCCCCACCGGGCAGCAAACAGGACCACCUCUCCCCGGACGUGGCUCGGCUGAUCCAGCUUGAGGAGGGGAUUCGGCCGAUAGAGAAGAAGAAGCACGCUCACUCCUCUCAUCACAAGAGAGAGCACAGGGACAAAGACCACUGUUCCAUUGAUAUGAACGGGCUGGAGACUAAUGUAUAA